AUGAUCCAUCAUGACACACGUGACAGGCUGGCAGUCACUGGUGACUUGGGACUAGUACAGCAGGUUCAAGUUGACCGUAACCGUGGCAGUGCGACUCGAGUCUCAGUCCCGGUUCAGACUUGCGCACACGGCAAGAGGCAGCAGGGCAAUGACGUGGGGGCUCGAGACCAACUCUCCUCCUUCUCGCAGGCACAGGGGCCUCCAGGGGUCGUGAACCUCAAGGAAGUUAUGAAGGCGAUGAGCAACGACAGGAACGACGUGACGGCAUGUCAGGAUGCGUUACAUGAGCUCUGCAGACUAGCAAAGAUGCCGAUCAACGUGAAGGCGAUCCGAAGCGAGGGAGGGACCCACGCAGUGCUGGAGGUGACGCUUGCGCAUGAUGACUCGGAGAUACUAGGAGGAGGGCUCGCGCUUCUCAACACCAUCGGGUGGGACAAGCAGCAGCGAGCAACAGACAAGGUCAAGGCAGUGCUGGGUGCCAUGCAGAAGCACAGGAAUGAUGUGAAGAUACAGAGAGCAGGCCUCGAGGCCUUGUGGCAGUUGCUGGGGCCGUCGGAGAGGAAUGUACGUAAAGAGCAGAGAUUGCACUGGAGACUCGAGACAUGGCUGGAUCAUGUAUUGCACCAUACAGGGUCGUGGAGAUUGCGGAGAGCAGAAGCAGAGCUGCUUGAAAAGAUCGUGAGAGAUGACGAGAUACGGAAGGAGAUUGGUGCUACAGCAGGGGCAAAGACUGUAGUCGAGGCCAUGAUGGAACACAAGAACGAUGCAAUCGUGCAGCGAUGUGGGACAGAGGCGAGAAACCGAGCAGAGGGAGGAGUAGAGGCGUUGUUUGGAGCCAUGCGCGAGUAUAUAGGAGAGGUGAAGGUGCAGAAAGCCGCGUUGACGUUGUUUGAACGGCUUUCACUCGACGAAUCCGGAUUGUUUGGGCGUACGAUAAGACUAGCAGGCGAAGUUGAAGCAACUCUUGAAGCCAUGAAGGAACACGUGGAUUCACUAGAUGUACAGCAAAGUGGACUGAAGAUACUCGAAUGUUUCUCUAAGGAUGAGGACGGGCUGAGAGAAAUCUUGAGCGCGGGAGGCGCCAAGAUCUUGACCUCGUCCUUGCAAGCGAUGGAAAAGGACGAUGAGUGGAUGCGGGCAACAAGAGUGAAGCUGCUCGACACCUUGUCGCUGCAUGAGGAGGGGCUAAGACAGAUGCGGGCAAACGAGCUGAUAAAGGUGGUUGAAAGCCGUAACUGCCAUUUGAAAGGUGAUUCGUAUGAGCAAAUAUUCUUGAUUCUUUGCCGUCUUGCUUCAUACAAGUCACUCUCGACAGGAAUUCCAGAGAUGAUCUUGAAAGCCAUGCGGACCCACAAGAACUGCGCAAUGGUGCAGCGAUUAGGCCUUGGAAUGCUCUAUAAAAAUUCAGCAUCCCUUGAGAUGAAGAAGAAAAUCUUUGAAGCAGGAGGAUUAGAGGUGGUGAUGAAAGCCCUUCGAAGGUUCGCUACCUUGAAUGUGCAAUUCAUUGGGAUUCGUGUGCUCAGUGAAAUACUUGAGUUGAAGGAGGCGCAGAACAAGUUCAUGGCAGCUGGAGGGAUCGAAGCUGUGCUGAAGUCAGUGAGAGAGAGAUGGAACUUAUAUUAUAGUCUUGUCUUACUCUUGAGGCUCGUGCAAGAUCAGGAGGGGCGAAGAAAGUUCCACGAAGCAGGAGGGAGGGAGGUGGUUAUAUCAAGCAUGAGUGACGACGAAGAGCGAAACGCCUUGGUCAUCCUUAGCUGCGUGGCGACUCGGAAGAAAAAUCGACCUCAGGGAGCGUGCAAGAAGGUGUGCGAGAGGUUCUUUAUGUCGCCUCAUAAAACCGACGGGUAUACCGGGGCUCAGAUUGUUCAAAUCGUGCUAGGAGCCAUGCGAGAGCAUCGAAGAAACGGGCGAGUGCAGUUAGCAGGGCUCAGGUUCCUUGGACAUGAGCUGCAUAUUAACAAGAGUUGGGUGGCGGUGAUCAGGCAAGCAAAGCUGAGUGUGAUGCGAGUAAUGCGAGAGCACAAAUGCAAUCUUGAUGUACAGAAGGAAAGUAUGGGCAUUCUAGUGAAGCUCUCAGAGGGUGCGAAGAAAGAGGAGGAGGAGGAGAAGGAUGACCACGACGACGACAAGGAGGAGGAGAAGGAGGAGGAGGAGGAGGAGGAGGACUCCAAGAAGGAGGAGGAGGAGGAGGACAAGGAGGAGGAGGAGGAGGAGGAGGAGGAGGAGGAGGAGGAGGAGGAGGAGGAGGAGGAGGAGGAGGAGGAGGAGGAGGAGGAGGAGGAGGAGGAGGAGGAGGAGGGGCAGACAAAUAAUAGGGCACAAGAAGAGAUCGAGAUGGCUUUGGCGCUAUUGAAGACUGAGGACCUGGUGCUGCCGAUCCGGGCCUUUGAGCUCUUGACAAACAUUGCAACGGACGAGGAGGGGAGGAGGGAGAUCAAGGCGGCUGGCGGAGUCGAGGCGGUGCUGUCAACUCUGACGGCAGGUCCGACCGUUAAGAUUUUAGCGAGUUGUAUCCUACUUCUCGCUGCCCUCGCGACAGACGAGAAGAAUCGUCCAAGGAAAGGAAGACAAGCACAGCAGCUGAUGAAAGCCGCAGCUGCAGUGAUGCUGGAGUAUCGAGACGACCCCAAUGUGCAGGAGGCAGCGCUAACCCUGAUCUACCGAAAAUAUGGGGAUGAAAUGUUCGGCAUAGGGAUUGAGGCAGACACAAUCCCUGCAGUCGUUGCGACUUUGAAGAGGUUCCCCGUAGCUACCGACAUGCCCCACCAUCCUCUUGAACUCUCCAUCCCUCGCAAGCAGCUCGCGAGGACUCCCGUACUCGACGACCUGCUGGCACGUUUCAGAUUCCCAAGGAAUGGGAGAGAAGGAACGGGCCUGCCCCUUGUUCAGGACUAG